AUGACUAUAAAACCACGAGAAAAGCCUGUAAAUGACGACGAGGAUCCUGUGGAAAGCAUGCUAAAAAAAACUGGCUGCUUGGAGUUACAUUACAAAGUGCAGGAGUGCAUAGCAGAAACCAAAGAUUGGAGAAAGUGCCAAGACGUAGUCAACGACUUUAGAAAUUGCAUCUCAAAGCACAAACAAAAAGAAAACGAAAUAAAAUGA